AUGUCUUUUAAAGUUUUAACUUUUGCUGCACUUGUUGCCUUCACAAAUGCAGGAUUAUUAAGCGAGGCUCCAGUUGCUGGUCCUGUCAUCUCCGCAUACUCAUCUGCACCUGUGUUUGCUGCUCCAAAUGUACUUAAAUCAGUGGCUCCUGUGGUAUCUGCUUACUCGUCUCCGUUAGCUUUACCAGCUCCAGCUCCAGUACUUUCUUCGUACUCUGCACCAGUUUUUGCCAAAUCAGUAGCUCCAGUUGCGUUAUCUGCCCCAGUUGCCUACGCAGCCCCAGCACCAGUCGUUUCAGCUUACGCUAGUCCCAUACUAGCCAAAAGCUUGACACCCGUUAGCUACGCCUCACCUGCUCCAGUUGUAUCAACUUACUCGGCUCCAGUACUAGCCCAAAGCGUAUCUCCUUUAGCCUAUAGCGCUCCCGCUCCAGUUGUAUCCGCCUACUCAGCUCCUCUGGUGGCUAAAAGUGUAGCUGCUGCGCCCGUCCCAUAUGCCGGAUAUGCUUCUCCACUUUUGUCUGCUUAUUCUGCUGCACCAGUUGUUCAACCAUGGUAA